CAAUCCCUUGGUCGUUGAAUAAUGCGUCGAGGAUUCCUAACUCUGCUUCUGGUGGCGCUGGCUGUACUUGCCGCCGUGGGUAUGGCUAACACUGAGCACGAGGAGGUGGCAAUCGACGUGGACAGCGACCUCAUUGUCGAGGAAGAAGCACAAGCGGAGAUGGCUGAGACUCCGAGCGAGGAUGAUGCCGUGCCCGUGCACGAGAUCGAUCCGCGCUUGACACCUGAGGCUAUGGAGAAAAUUUUCUCCAAGAUGUCGGCCAAGUGCUUAAAGCAGGUGCAGGAGAACCCAACGGACCCCACGAAAGUGUCGGAGCGAUGCCGCGCCGAGGUGGGACAUCGCAUCCAGCGCUACUUGGGACGUCUGGAUAAAGCAGAAAAGGGUGAGCCAGAAAAGAAGACGGAAAAGACCGAAAAGAAGCAGAAGCGUCGGAGCCGCAAGAGCAAGAAGCAGACUCGUGCCCAGCGCGAAGCCGCCAAGGCCCAGAAGAAGGAAGAAGAAUACCAGCAGACGCUGCAGACGAUUCUAGGCUUCGUUGUGACGCUCGUGGCCAUCAUCGCCGGCGCCAUGUUUUUCAUCAAUCGAAAGCUCAAGGCUGCUGGUAUGUACUUCCCUGACCCAGACGCCAAAGCUACUUGCUGCAACUAGGUGUAAGCUUGUCGUAGGCAGUAACGUACCCUCCUUUAGUAUCGGAGACUUGCGUGAAAAAAAUACAUUUGCUGGUAUUCAUUCAGUUAGGAACACUCACUGAAAGCCAGACGUCUAUCGAUUGCCUGUACCUGUAGUACACGAGUAUUUGUUACUGGAGCUAUUUCUUCCCUACAGGAGCUGCAGAACUUGCUCGAUUUCCGCAGCGCUUCUAAACAGCCUCAAUCGAGCCGUGCUUGAACCCGUUCUUGACUCCGUUCGAGACAAGAAGCGGCGAGAUUUCACCUUGCUUGGCCCCGUUAAUCGCACUGCUGGGGUAUAUCGGAUCACAGUGCUCUGUGUGUUUCUCCGACAAGACAAUGAUGCCACCCACCGUCGUAACGAUACUGCAAGGGUAGACAACUAGUUGCCACCAUGAGUUCAUACCUGUAAUCUCAUGGAAGAAGAUUACACCUGAAAUAGAGCCGAUGAGGAUGAGGAACGCUUGGUAGAUCGCUAC